AAAAGCGGAAAAUCAGCUAGAGGCCUGGCCACAUCAAUCAGUUUGAAGAAAACGAAGAGAAAAAAAAAUUGACCCAAAUUCUGAGCAAACCGAAAUCGUUUUAGCCACACCCCAAGCAAAAUUCUGAAGUCCAUCAUUCGUGAAGAGAAUUUUUCUCGAUAUUUGAAAUUUGUAAAGAGACAAACAUGUCCCGCUUUUGGCCACCAAUUUUCCACUGUGCACGCUCCUCUGCAGGCUUUAUCUCUCUUGUUCUUGAUAGCCGGGAAGAGGCCAAGGUUUCCUUCUGGCCAGAUUCUUUAAUUCUGAACGCGUUGACCAAAAAGGAUUUUACCAAACCGAAGGGGAGCAAAAAACAUAGUGCGCACAGGGCCUCCUUUCGAGAGAACACUAUUUUGGCGUAUGAGAAUAGGUUGCGACGCCACUCUGACCCCAUAAAGGUGUUUCGAUACUUUGCCACCAUCAAAAUGAAGAGCAAAUCUGGCAGGUAUGAUGUGUUCAUGACCCCCGAGGAUUUCCUGCGAUCGAUCUUGCCGGGAAUGAAGCAACCGGAGCACCUGACCUUGGCCCGUUACCGCCUACUUGACGAGGAUGGAGCCGAAAAGUGGCGGGCUAGCGCCCAAGAGGAUAGCAUCUUCCUUAUGCUCGGCGGCUCAGGAUUGCUUGACUUUAGCGACUAUGUGCUGUUGGCCAUUUUGUUGUCAAUUCCUGAACGUCAUGUUAGGAAUUUCUUGAAAUUAUUGGAUCAUGAUGAGGAUGGCACCGUGAGCAUGGAGGAUCUGGACAAUGUGAUACGAGUCAUUACCAUGGGCGAGGCCUCCAUUGUGAACUCGCGACUGAAGGGCACCCUGUUCGGACCGCGACUCAAGAAAAAGCUGAGUAUCAAUGAGUUCCUUGCGUUUUUGCAGAAGCUGAACGAGGAGAUUCUUGUCAAGGAGCACGAGAUGCUGCGGAGGAACUCCAGUUCCCUGAUCACAGAACUGGACUUUGCCAAAGUGUUGCUGUCCUACACCAAGUCUUCUAUAACGCGACAAGCAGCCCUGGAGCGAGUUAAGGCGAAGUUCGGACAGAAAAAGAAAGGGAUUAGCCUGGACGAGUUCAUGUCCUUUUCCCGACUGGUCCAGGAUGUGGAAACUGUGGACAUGGCGCUAACCUUUCACUUUCUAGCCGGCGCAGAUAUCCGCCCCCAUACCCUGCAGCACAUUGCCGAGUUGGUCUCUGGUGUUAGGCUUUCGCCACACCUCAUGUGUGUGAUCUACACCAUCUUCGACCAUGACGGGGAUGGUAUUAUUCGGCGGGAGGAAUUUAUAAAGACACUGCGCUAUAGGUUGCGUCGCGUGCAAUAUAAAAAAAAGCUGAGACUCAGAUCCGGGAUAUGCAUUCUGGGUAAAUGCUGUUGGAAAACGUUGCCAUUUUGGAGGAGUAGGAGUUUAGGAGUGUAAAACCGCAAGAGUCGAGUGCAAGGCUCUUAUGCACUUCUUGUGGUGUCCUUUAGUCAACUCUUUAGAGGGUAGAUGCUUUUAGUCUUUUGACAAUUGUGCACUAAGGAAAAAUAAGAUAUUCUAGUGAAACAAUAAAUCGGACUUGUUUUUCAA